AUGAUGGAAGAUUGUUUGUUAAAGAAAAUAGAAAUCAGUGUCUCAGAAGCAGAGAAACGGACUGGACGAAAUGCCAUGAACAUGCAGGAAACAUACACAGCUUACCUGGUGGAAACAAGGGCUGUGGAGUUGCAGGCAGAAGGUCACGGUUCCCCCCCAGAUUCUCUCUGGAGACGAUACAGUGAAUUUGAGUUGCUGAGGAAUUAUUUGCUGGUUAACUACCCUCAUGUCAUUGUUCCACCAUUGCCAGAAAAACGAGCAGAGUUUGUGUGGCAUAAGUUAUCAGCAGAUAACAUGGAUCCAGACUUUGUGGAAAGACGAAGAAUCGGCUUGGAAAAUUUUCUCUUACGUGUGGCUUCACAUCCUCUCCUUUGCCAAGACAGAAUUUUUAAUGCAUUUUUAACCCAGGAAGGUGGAUGGAAGGAAAAGGUGAAUGAAACAGGGUUUCAGCUGAAGUCAGAUUCAAGAAUAAAAGCUCUUAAUGCAACAUUCAGAGUGAAAAAUCCAGACAAGAGAUUUACAGAGCUUAAACACUACAGUGAUGAGCUGCAGUCUGUCAUAUCACACCUUCUGAGAGUCAGAGCUAGAGUCGCAGAUCGACUGUAUGGGGUAUACAAAGUCCAUGGAAAUUAUGGGAGAGUUUUCAGUGAAUGGAGUGCAAUAGAGAAGGAGAUGGGGGACGGGCUGCAGAGUGCCGGCCAUCACAUGGAUGUGUACGCAGCUUCUAUUGAUGACAUACUAGAAGAGGAAGAACACUAUGCAGACCAGCUGAAAGAAUAUCUCUUCUAUGCCGAAGCUCUUAGGGCAGUGUGCAGGAAGCAUGAACUUCUGCAGUAUGAGUUGGAAACAGUUGCUCAGGAUCUGACAUCGAAGAAGCAGCAGUGUGAGGAACUGGCAACAGGAACUGUGAGAACGUUCUCCUUGAAAGGAAUGACCAGUAAGCUUUUUGGUCAAGAGACUCCUGAACAAAGAGAAGCAAAGAUAAAGGUGCUAGAAGAACAGAUCCAUGAAGGAGAAGAACAGCUCAGAGCAAAGAACUUAGAAAGCCGAGACUUUGUCAAAAGUGCCUGGGCUGAUAUUGAACGCUUCAAAGAGCAAAAGAACCAUGACUUGAAAGAGGCCCUCAUAAGUUACGCUGUGAUGCAGAUCAGUAUGUGCAAAAAGGGAAUUCAAGUUUGGACGAAUGCAAAAGAAUGUUUCAGCAAGAUGUGAUGUAUGGAACUGAGUCCUCCUUGGCGAAGU